GAAGUCUUGGAGGAAAAACUGAAAAUGCUGCAAAUAACUCAUGAGGAAACACUGCUCAAAAAUAAAGAGAUGCUUCAUGAGAAAGACCAACAGAAAAUACAAAAGGAAGAAAUGGAUUGCAAGCUGAGGAACAUCGAGAAACAAAAUGAAGGCUUGCAAGUAAUGCUUGAUGAAGCUCUGGAGAGAAAUAAAGAGUUUCUUCACAAGAAAGACCAACAGAAAAUACAAAAGGAAGAAAUGGACUGCAAGCUGAGGUACAUCAAGAAACAGAAUGAAGGCUUGCAAGUAAUGCUUAAUGAAGCUCUGGAGAGAAAUAAAGAGUUUCUUCACAAGAUAGACCAACAGAAAAUACAAAAGGAAGAAAUGGAUUGCAAGCUGAGGAACAUCGAGAAGCAAAAUGAAGGCUUGCAAGUAAUGCUUGAAGAAGCUCUGGAGAGAAAUAAGGAGAUCCUCCAAGACAAGAAACAAGAGCCCGUAGAGCAGAGAGACCUGCAGAGCAAACUCCAAGCCAUGGAGGAAAAAUACAAAGCUCUGCAGGUGAAGCAUGACAAAACUCUGCGCAAAAGUCAACAGUUGCUUCAAGACAAGAAGCAAAUGGAGAUGAAACAGAAAGAAAUGGACUCCAAGCUUGACGAGAUGGAGGAAAAACACAGAUUGCUUCAAGUCAGGCUUGAUAAAAAAGUGCACAGAAAUAAAGAGUUCGUUCAAGAGAGAGAGCAACAAGGAAUGCUCGAGAAAGAAACGGACCGCAAGUUUGAAGUCUUGGAGGAAAAAUGCAAAAUGCUCCAAAUAACUCUUGAGGAAACACUGCUCAAAAAUAAAGAGUUGCUUCACGAGAAAGACCAACAGAAAAUACAAAAGGAAGAAAUGGAUUGCAAGCUGAGGAACAUCGAGAAGCAAAAUGAAGGCUUGCAAGUAAUGCUUGAAGAAGCUCUGGAGAGAAAUAAGGAGAUCCUCCAAGACAAGAAACAAGAGCCCGUAGAGCAGAGAGACCUGCAGAGCAAACUCCAAGCCAUGGAGGAAAAAUACAAAGCUCUGCAGGUGAAGCAUGACAAAACUCUGCGCAAAAGUCAACAGUUGCUUCAAGACAAGAAGCAAAUGGAGAUGAAACAGAAAGAAAUGGACUCCAAGCUUGACGAGAUGGAGGAAAAACACAGACUGCUUCAAGUCAGGCUUGAUAAAAAAGUGCACAGAAAUAAAGAGUUCGUUCAAGAGAGAGAGCAACAAGGAAUGCUCGAGAAAGAAACGGACCGCAAGUUUGAAGUCUUGGAGGAAAAAUGCAAAAUGCUCCAAAUAACUCUUGAGGAAACACUGCUCAAAAAUAAAGAGUUGCUUCACGAGAAAGACCAACAGAAAAUACAAAAGGAAGAAAUGGAUUGCAAGCUGAGGAACAUCGAGAAACAAAAUGAAGGCUUGCAAGUAAUACUCGAUGAAGCUCUGGAGAAAAAUAAGGAGAUCCUCCAAGACAAGAAACAAGAGCCCGUAGAGCAGAGAGACCUGCAGAGCAAACUCCAAGCCAUGGAGGAAAAAUACAAAGCUCUGCAGGUGAAGCAUGACAAAACUCUGCACAAAAGUCAACAGUUGCUUCAAGACAAGAAGCAAAUGGAAAUGAAACAGAAGGAAAUGGACUCCAAGCUUGACGAGAUGGAGGAAAAACACAGAUUGCUCCAAAUCAGGCUUGAUAAAAAAGUGCACGGAAAUAAAGAGGUGCUUCAAGAAAAAGACCAACAGAAAAUACAACAGGAAGAAGAAAAACUUAAUCUCCAGAGGAAAAAUCAAGCACUCCAAGAAUUGUAUAACGAAACGAAGUACAAAACAACUGUACUGGAAGGAGAAAAGAAACAACUGGAAAAACAAUGCUCAGCGAUGCAGAGUAGCAUCAAUGAGAUGCUGAGAAAAAAUAGCGAACUUGAGGAACUUUCUAAGAUCUUGAAGUACAAAAACACUGAAAUCCAGGUGCAAAAGCAAGAACAACAGAAAACACAUAAAGACCUGCAGUGUAGACUUCAAGAAAUCCAGAAGAGAAACCAGCAGCUGGAAGACAUGCACACAGAUGUGCACAAGGCAAAGGGAAUAGAGGAGGCAACAGUUAAAGAACUGAAAGACAAGCUUAAAGAAAAACAAGAACAAUUAGAAGACAUGGUGAAAAGAUGCAGCAAACUUGAGAAAGAAAACACAGAAACAAUGGAUGAGCUGAAAACCCUCAUCAUUGAGAAGAAAGUGCUCGUGGAAGAGUAUCUGAAAAAGAAGAAAAAACGCUUCCACUGGUUCUGGAGGAGGAACACUGCUGCUUCUCACCUGAUGUAACCUCGUCUUCCUCCACCUCUAUUCCAUCUUCAUUUCCCCCCUUCCCCUUCCCCUCCCUCCUUUUUC